CCUGUCCUCUCUCUUCUUCUUCUUCUCCCUCCAGAGCCGCCCACACAUUAAAACGGGAGAAGCUUCUCCUCCUCCUUCCUGCUCCUAAAUCCGCACCCAAAUUCCAAAAUCAAGCGGAUUCUGAGACUGGAGCUUGGUCGGGGCAUUCGAUUCCAGAGCCGGUGACGGAGGGGGAUGUCAGGACCCCUCGACCGAUUGGCCAGGCCAUCUUUCGAAGGGUUCGCACACAAUGAUGGAAAGAGAGAGAGCAGAUCGGACGCGGACAACUCAGAGGGAGAGAAGAAGACUAAAAUAAACUCUUUCAAGAAAAAGGCUAUCAACGCAGGGAACAAGUUCAGACAUUCCCUAAGGAGGAAAAGCAAAAAGAAGCAUGAGAUUUCCAUCGAGGACAUAAGAGACGUUCAAGAUCUUCAAGCAGUUGAUGCGUUUCGACAGUGCUUGCUUGAUGAGGACUUGUUGCCACAGCAGCAUGAUGAUUACCACAUGAUGUUGAGGUUCCUGAAGGCACGCAAGUUUGAUGUUGAGAAAGCAAAGCAUAUGUGGUCAGAAAUGCUUAAAUGGAGAAAAGAAUUUGGGACCGAUGAUAUAGAGGAGUUUAAUUACUCCGAGUUAAACGAAGUUAUGAAGUAUUAUCCACAGUUUUACCACGGGGUGGAUAAAGACGGAAGACCUAUCUACAUAGAGUUAAUAGGAAAAGUUGAUGCAAACAAGCUAGUGCAAGUAACAACUAUAGACCGAUAUGUGAAAUAUCAUGUCAAGGAGUUUGAGCAAUGUUUCAAGAUGAGAUUUCCAGCUUGCUCAAUUGCUGCAAAACGGCACUUGGACUCGUGCACUACUAUUCUGGAUGUGCAAGGCGUGGGAUUGAAGAAUUUCUCGAAAUAUGCAAGGGAACUAAUCACACGAUUGCAGAAGAUUGACAGUGACAACUAUCCAGAGACAUUAUGCCGGAUGUAUGUAAUUAAUGCUGGCCAAGGCUUCAAGAUGUUAUGGGGCACAAUAAAAUCUUUUCUUGAUCCAAAAACUGCUUCAAAGAUUCAUGUUCUUGGAACUAAGUAUCAAAAUAAGCUACUUGAAAUAAUUGACGAGAGUGAAUUGCCAGAAUUCUUUGGUGGUAAAUGCAGGUGUGACGAACACGGAGGUUGUCAAAGAUCAGAUAAAGGUCCUUGGAAGGAUCCCAACACAAUAAAGAGGGUCCUGAAUGGCGAGGCUAACUACGACAGGCAAAUUGUGACCAUAUCCAGCUCCGACGGAAAGAUUAUUGGUUAUGCUAGGCCACAGCGUCCAAAUCAGAGAAAAGGCAGUGACGGAUCUGCCGAGUCUGGCUCUGAAGUUGAGGAUGUUGCAUCUCCUAUUGCACCAAAGAACGUCAUAACAAACCCUCUGCUGACCCCUGUCCAUGAGGAGUCAAAAUUUGCAGCACAUGCAUCCACAUCUGCCACUCGUCCCACUAUUGAAGAAAGCAUCCCUGUUGUUGACAAGGUUGUGGAUGACGGAUGGGGCAGCCCCAGAGCUAGUCCAACAGCUUCUUCAUCAGGUUCAUUCUGCUUGAGUAAUGUGCCGACCACGUUUGAAGGAAUUCGGACUUUGACUAUCGCAUGGCUGACAGUCUUUAUUGUGAGCCUUUUUACCAUGCUUCGAACUAUCCCGAGCAGAAUGGCUAAAAGGCUAUCAAACCAAUCCGAAAAUCAUGACCACUAUUACGUGGACUGUCCUCAAGAGCCUGAGUACAAGGAGGAAUUCCGGCCUCCAUCUCCUGUCCCAUCUUACACGGAGAAGGAUGUCCUUUCAGCUGUGCUAAGACGGCUAGUUGAACUGGAGGAGAAGGUGCAGGUGCUUGAAACAAAGCCCUCUGAGAUGCCAUUCGAGAAGGAGGAGCUGCUCAAUGCAUCUGCCCGCCGCGUGGAUGCUUUGGAGGCCGAUUUGAUUUCUACAAAGAAGGCCCUCCACGAGGCGUUGAUGCGCCAGGACGAGCUGCUCGCUUUCAUCGACAAACAAGACAUGCUCAAGUUUCGCAAGAAGAAGAAAUUCUGCUUCUGAAGAACUUAAGUUGGAGGAGGAGCUAUUCUUGAUGUGCAGAGCUGUCAGUGUAUGCUGGUAUAUAUAUUGGAUUGAUCGCAACAAAUGUGUAUGUAUGUCAGUGAGUGUAAAUGUAAUUACGUAUCAGUGUAUGUAUAUGGGGGAGAAGGUGUGUUGUAUAUCUGUACGAUAUGCUGGGCCGACGGCGAUGCCUAGCAAUGGGAGUGAGAAUUCCGAAAGCACAAAGGUAUAUGAUGAGUUUGAGAUGUCUCGUACUUUCUGUUCCUGGCCUGGGACGCAUGAUGAUAUUUUUGUGACAUGGCCAGUUUGUAUAUAUUUACAAACAUAUACGAAUGAAGCGAGUGUGACUUUGUGGCUU